AUGAUGAUUGAGCCAUUUCGUUUGGUUGAAUGGGUCUUUAAUCUUCGUCCAGCUCGAACUCCGGCGGAACAGAACCUUGAACUGGUGCGCUAUUCUAGCCAACUUACCCCAUCUCCAAAUACUUUGGAAGAUAUGAAUAUCCCACUACUUUCUCCACCCACUGCUGCUCCGAUUACUGCUCCUUCUAUGCUUCCUCUUUUCUCAAAGAAUGCGUCAUCAAUCGUUGCUCAAGUGCCAUUGUUCUUGCAGACUAGUUUCUCGAAGUUUAGCAGACAGAUUGAUCAUCAUUCUGUUUCAAAGACUUCAGAAAACGCGGAUACUACUGCCGAGUCAUACUCUACUUCAUGCAUAGAGACUCAAUUCAAAUCUGCUGACCCUCUUUGGUCGCAUUCCAGUGGAGUUGAAAGUUUUCUUACAGAUUGUUUAAACUCAUCGCUGAAAAACAUAAAUACCACUCCAGAAAGUUGCAAUUGUAGCCAAGAUAUUCUCUUUUAUAUUAAGCCUGACAAUCAACGUCAUGAUUGCUCUAAGGGGAUAAAGAUCUCUGAAAUUCAGAAGAAUGAAGUUGUCGAUGGAAAUGGACCUGAAGAUAAUGCGGCAAAAGCACAAAACUUAACUGAUUUGCCCUUGAGAAACAAGGUUGGAAAGUGUCAAGCGCUGUUCUAUAGGACGACUAGAACUGUUAUGGCUGGAGAAGAACUUUUGCUAUGGUUUCGUAGAGACGAUAUCACGCCAUGGAUAACAAGCUUGCUAAUUUUGCGG